AUGCAUGUCCGGCCUAGAAUUGUCGCUAUCAGCCUGGCAGUGCUGGUCCCAGUACUCUUCCUAUGGGCUACUAUCAGAUAUGAUCGCAUCGCCCUCUCUAACCUCGCACACUCCCUUGACCAGCUAUCUCGCUCUAACCUGAAUGUGCCACCCCUGACGCGCUUCCAAACCCAGUUUCCCUCAGUUGAAGCUGUAGACGGGCUAUGCAAGCGAGGCUUGAUGCUUCCUCCUCCAUUUUCUUACUCAGAAUGGCUUCAUCGCAAGAACUUCACUCGUGCCUACAUUCGGCCUAACAUGGUCAGCCCAGACGCAAAGUUUGCAUCGAUAGAAACAAUCAAACAGCCAGUUUUGCCUGACUUUAUGGCCCUGGAUCGUGGCUUGACGGCACCUCCUGGAGAUAAAGGCGCGAAUGUGUUGACAUGCCCCCCGGUUGUGGACGUGGAUAUGGCAGCGGACAGUGGGGUUGACGAUACCGGGUAUAUGUUAUUUGGACUUGCAACUGAUGUAGACCGGCUGAGACGAUUCCUUCCAUCACUCCUUUUCUCAUAUGGCUCUUCAAAUGCAAACCUCCUUGUUCUGGUUCCGGAGGGUACUACGAAUAUCGACGUCCACGAAACAUAUUUCCGAAACCGUGGGCUUAACUUGACUCUCAAAACAUCGCCUCUUGACUUCACUGCCCGCUAUUUCAGCCUGGUAGAAGCCUUUACGGAGCAUAUCGAAAAAAACCUUCCCGAUACCAAGUGGGUUAGCUUUGUCGACGACGAUACCUUCUUCCCAUCUCUAGCUACAAUAGGGAAACGCCUGGCAACAAUUGAUGCUACCAAGAGGCACUAUAUUGGAUCCCUCUCCGAAGCAAACAUACAAGUCAAAGAAUUCGGCCCUAUUGCCUUUGGAGGCGCUGGGGUAUUUGUAUCCAAACCGCUCCUUGAGACAAUGCAUACGGUAUACCAGAAGUGUCAGGACUUUGGCAAUCAACCGGGCGAUCAGAAAGUGGCACACUGCAUUAAGAAGUUUGGAAAUACCGAUCUGACGCUCUGGGAUUCUCUGUAUCAGAUGGAUAUAAGAGGUGAACCAGAUGGAAUGUUCGAGUCAGGACGUCAGUUUGACUCGUUACACCACUGGCAGAGCUGGUACAAGAAAGAUGUGGUCAAAAUGAGCACCGUUGCGGCUGCUGCUGGCCGUCAUUCCGUCUUACGACGAUGGCGUUUCGACGAACGGAUAACAGGGAAGGGCCAGCGAACAUUUUGGGUUCUAACGAACGGUUACUCGAUGAUCAAGUAUACAAUCGACGCUACCGCAAACGCUGAAUCUGUCGGAUUUGACAUGGUCGAGAAAACUUGGGAAGGGGAGGAUAAGGUGUUUGAGAAGCGACUUGGCACCCUGAGAGCCAAAGACCAGCCUGGAGUCAAGAAAGAAAGAUGGAUGCUCGCGGACUCCACAAUUAUUGGAAACAAUGUGCAUCAAUUGUACUCGAGAGAACUAGAUGAGACACAUAGUGUCAUUGAGCUUAUUUGGUUGGGAGUACCAGACAGCCCCGAGGUAUCCGAUUAG